GACCUUCUUGCAUGAGUUGCUUUCAAGAUGUACUUGGGAACUACACCAAGUGUGACCUGUAACAAUUCAAGCAGAAAUGAAUUUUCGCUGAUUCCAGAAAAGAAUCCUCUGGUGGAAGAGCUCCCUGCUGGGUGAUCUUCUCUGUGCUACUGCAGUUUACUCUGUGGGAUUAUCAGAGGGGCCCUGGAAAUGGUUCAUUUAGCUGCUGAUGUUACAUUCUUGCAAAACAGACUAAAAGGUGACAGUGUGACAGAAAUAGGAAUGACAUUUCUGAAAAUGCUGGAUGAGGAAAAAUACAGACGGAAAAAAUGA